ACUUGUUGCAAGCCGUGUAGCACCGUCGCUGAGCUGUCAAAUAUUGCGCACGCCUUCACUUCGUAAGCAGACAAAUCCAUAACAAGCCGGAGGAGGAUCAACCUGCUUCCGGUUCAUUUCAAACAUUAUUUUUCCCUUCCGCAAUCGGAAGUCUAUUUUUAAAACCAUGAUCAUCUUGUCACAUGGCUUUGGAGAAUUCAAUAACAACAAAAAAAUGGCGACACUCACGUUGCUCCGUGUGGUCUUGCUGCGUCAUUAAAAAUAUUCAUGUAAACACGGGACACUGAAGGGGUGGAAAGCAGUGCAGAGGGGUUGGACUGAGGAGGAGGAGGAGGAGGAGGAGAGGAGGAGGAGGAGGAAGACGAGGAGGAGCCGCCACGCAAACAGACACCACCCGCUGGGGCGGAGCCUGCGAGGAGACUCAUAACAAGUCUGACGUCACUCGCCCUUCGGAAUCGUUUUUGAAUGUCACAUCAUUGGCUGAUGGAGUUGAGCAGGCUACUCUGUGGAAAAAUGAAGCGAUCCAACAGGAGGACCCAACUCCCCUCUUCUCCGUCUUCCUCUUGGGGCUUGGAGAUCCACUUUUAUUUACCAGAUGUACAUCAGCUGGAGUUCUUCAAAGGUUGCUACACUUCAGAGGAUCUCUGUGUGGAGGCUGCCAAGAAAUGCUCAAUUUCUCCUUUGUGCCAUAACCUCUUUGGCCUGUACAAUGAGGUGACUGGCAUGUGGUGCCCACCCAACUAUGAGUUCAAGAUCACAGAUGAGACCAGUAUUAAGUUACAUUACCGCAUGAGGUUUUAUUUCAGGAAUUGGCAUGGCACCAAUGAAGGGGAGUCUCCAGUUUGGAGGCAUUGCAUCAGUAAAAUUAAAGGAGGCCUGAGCCAGCAGAAAACACCCGAAGGAACACCACUCUUGGACGCCGCCUCGCUAGACUACCUUUUUUAUCAGGGUCAGCACGAUUUUCACACGGGUUUGGUACCCCUUCGAACAUGCCUGUCUGAGGCAGAGCAGCAUGAGAUUGAAAAUGAGUGCCUGGGAAUGGCUGUACUAGCCAUUACCCACUAUGCCAUGAGCACUGGUGUACCCCUGUCCACUGCUUCUCAAGAACUCAACUUUAAGAAUUUCAUUCCAGAGGCGCUGAACGCCAACAUAAAGCAGCGUAACAUUUUGACCCGCAUCCGCAUCAACAAUGUCUUCAAGAAAUUCCUCAGUGAGUUCAACCACCGAACCGUCAAGGUCAGCGACAUCACUCUGUAUGACUUGAAGAUAAAGUAUCUGGCCACUCUGGAGGGGCUGACCAAUGCUCUGGGCUGUGAGUUAAUGGAGCCAAUUUCCCUCAGUGUAACACAAGAUGGAGACGUCAUGAAUGGAGGACAUUCUGGUUACUACAACCAGAUCCAAGGACAGAGCCAAAAACAGAGCAUGGACACUUGGCAUGAUGUGCAAGUAUGUGUGUCUGGUACAACAGGCAUUUCCUGGAGGAAGAAGCCACCCACAAUCCUGGUGAUUUCUAAAGAGAAAGGCCGUUCAAAGAAGAACAGGAUAAAUGGAAAUCAGAGAAAAAAGGAAGCUGAUGAUGGCUGGAAGAGAUUCUGCGACUUCCACGAGAUCAUGCACGUUGCCAUUAAAGAGGCCACAGUCACAAUUCACAGACAGGAUCACAAGAAAAUGGAGCUACGUAUGGCAUCUUGGACUGAGGCUCUAUCCUUUACAGCCCUUGUGGAUGGAUACUUCAGACUAACAGUGGAUGCCCACCACUACCUGUGCAAGGAGGUGGCUCCUUCUUCAGUGGUGCACAACAUCAAGAAUGGCUGCCAUGGCCCUAUUUGUACGGAGUAUGCUAUCCAAAAAUUGCGUCAGGAGGGUAAUGAGGAGGGUAUGUACAUUCUACGCUGGAGCUGCACUGACUACCAGUACAUCAUCAUCACUGUGGUGUGCAAUGAGCUUGACUUGAAGGAAUCGCGCCCUGUGCGCCAGUAUAAAAACUUCCAGAUUGAAGUGACUCCGGAGGAGUUCUGCCUUUAUGGCACAGAAACUGCAAGGCCGACUCUGAGAGCGCUAUUGGAGCACCUGCAGGGCCAGAGUCUUCGCUCUGACAAUCUCCACUUCCGCCUACUGCGCUGCUGCCCUCCUCAACCUCGAGAAAUCUCCAAUUUGUUGGUGGUCACGAAUGACAGAGCGGCAAUAACACAGACACCGAUGCAGGACUGCCAGGUCAUUAUUCAUCGCAUACACAAGGAAGAAAUUGAGCAGGAGGAGCAUCUUGGUCUUGGCACAAGAACAAACAUCUUCUCUGGAACGCUGAGGGUAAAAAGCGAUACAGAUGCGGGUUACGGAUCCUUUCAAGAGUUUAAGGUGGUGCUCAAAGUCCUCGGUUCAGUACACAGAGACAUAUCCCUGGCCUUCUUUGAAACGGCAAGUAUGAUGCGGCAAGUUUCCCACAAGCACAUUGUGCUGCUGUACGGCGUUUGUGUGCGCCAUCUGGAGAAUAUAAUUGUGGAAGAGUUUGUGGAGCAAGGACCACUAGAUUUGUUCAUGAGGAGACAACAAAACCCACUUAGCACAGUUUGGAAAUUCCAGGUGGCCAAACAGCUGGCCUCAGCUCUCAGCUAUUUGGAGGACAAAAAAUUGGUCCAUGGCUUUGUGUGUGCGAAGAACAUUUUGUUGGCUCGAGAUGGCCUAGACGCUGAUCAAGGAGGACCCUUUAUCAAGCUCAGUGACCCAGGAAUACCAAUCACUGUGCUCACCAGAGAAGAGUGUGUCCAUCGUAUACCCUGGAUUGCACCUGAGUGUGUGAAGAAUGUGUCUUCCCUGAGUAUUGCAGCUGAUAAGUGGGGCUUUGGCACAACCCUAUGGGAAAUUUGCUAUGAUGGAGAGGAGCCUCUUAAAGAAAAGAAGCUCACUGAGAAGGAAAGGUUUUAUGAAACCGAAUGCCAGCUUGCCACCCCUGAGUACAGAGAGUUAGCUGAACUGAUGAUCCACUGCAUGAACUAUGACCCAAAGAAGAGACCUUUCUUCAGGGCUGUUGUCAGAGACAUUGACAAACUGGAAGAAAAAAAUCCAUCCAUCAAACCACAGCCUGCACCUGAAGUGGAUCCAACUGUGUUUGAAAAGAGAUUCUUGAAGAAUAUCAGGGAUCUGGGACAGGGACACUUUGGAACGGUGGAGCUAUGUCUCUAUGAUCCUAGGGGAGACCGAACUGGUGAAUUAGUGGCAGUGAAGUCUUUAAAGCCCGAAAACGGACAGGAGAAAGGCAACAAUCUCUCGAGUGAAAUUAAUAUACUGAAGGCCCUCUACCAUGAAAACAUUGUCAAGUACAAGGGAAUUUGCUUGGAGGAAGGUGGUCGGGCCACCAAGUUGAUAAUGGAGUUUCUUCCUCUGGGCAGUUUGAAAGAUUACCUGCCUGGCAACAAAAGCAAGAUCAGUCUCAGCACCCUGCUCACCUACUCCACUCAAAUAUGCCAAGGAAUGGAGUACCUGGGAUCUCGAAAUUACAUCCAUCGUGACCUGGCUGCCCGAAACGUACUGGUGGAGAACGAGCAGACAGUGAAGAUUGGAGAUUUUGGCCUGACCAAAAGCAUUAAGGACAAUGAAGUCUAUUACACAGUCAAGGAUGACAGUGAGAGCCCUAUUUACUGGUACGCUCCGGAAUGCCUGACUCACUGUAAGUUCUACCUUGCAUCGGAUGUUUGGUCUUUUGGGGUGACCAUGUAUGAGCUCAUCACCUACUGUGACACCAGCAAGACCCCUCCGCAGCUGUUCUCCAAAAUGCUUGAUCCAGCUCAGGGUCAGAUGGUCCUUGUUCGUCUGGUGGGUGUGCUGGAGGAGGGGAAGAGGUUACCACAACCUGAUGGCUGCCCUGAACCUGUGUAUGAGGUGAUGUGCAAGUGCUGGGAGCACGCCCCCGAGAAGAGAAUCACCUUCAAGCAGCUCAUCGACGAGCUGAGCAACAUGCAGCAGCAGCUUGGCUCUCCUGAAUGAACAGUCAGCUUGGCUCAACGCCUCCCUCACACGCUCGCUCACUCGCUCGUCCGUCCUCUGGACUCACCGCCAGUCUCCGCCCCGCCAGGCUCCGCCCCGCCAGGCUCCGCCCCGCCAGGCUCCGCCCCGCCAGGCUCCGCCCCGCCACGCGCUACUAACCUGUAGGAUCUCACUUCCGCUAGGCACGCUCUUCUCCAAUGUUUGCCAAUCCGAUAAUCGGCAACGUCUUCACGAUCCCAGCUCGCCGUCUGACCCCAAAGACGCCGUUUUGGGCAGUUGGAUGUUUGUUCCUAUUUGUAUUUAACUCCAAGCGUCGCUCUUCUCUCAAUGAAGCCUCCUGAGCCAUGGGAUCAUGUGACACUUUAGGUGAAGAUUGGGCCAGAAAAUCACCACUGAGUCAUCCUCUUCAGGAUUACGCACACCCGACCUGAGCUGAGGAUCUCGUCGUUGUCCGAAAUUGAUAGCUCUUUCAUCCUGUUUGCUCUUGAGUGGCACGUCCACGGGCUGCACUUCUUGUAUGUAUAUUCUCCUUUGCUAGCUUGAAAUUUUAGGUCUGAUGACAAAUGACUAAAAGUUAUUUUUUCAAAAAAAAAAAAAAAAAAAAAAAAGAAACAAAACAAAAGUUGCAGGACUGACGAGUCUCACGUUACUUGUUAGUUCAUGUGGCAUUCUCAGUUGCAAUGUGUUUGAAACAUUUAUAUCAGCAAUUGUGUUUUCAUUUUAAUGUGUACAUGAAAGGCUUUGUGCAAGACUUUUAUCGGAUCAACGUGACGCAGACGAAAAGGACACACUUGAGUCCACACUUUAAUUAGGAAUAAAAAGACAAUUCCCUUGGGGGGGGAAAAAAAUAAAACAAGUUUGACUCAUGGAAGGUAAAAUGUCCACAGUUACACAAUUGAAAAAUAAAUAAAACCACUGUCUUCUUUGUCUUUCCAAAUGUAAUAUUAACUUGUGAAGAUAUACACGAUGUGUGUGUAUGUAUAUGUACUGUAUGUAACCAGUGGAGGAUUCCCUGGAAAUACUGCAUUCACAGUCAAAACAUUCAGUGAUAUAAAGUAUAGCAACUUCUACAAUCAAUAUAUCUGAUCCCAAAUAAA